CUUUUACGCUGUCGUGACGUGCUGGAUGUAAACACUGGAUUAAUAUCCCUCCGCCGCCCAAUACAAUAUUGCGAGAUUAUAGGCGCAGUUAUUGUUUUUACUUUCAGCCUAGCAGGAAAAUACAGUUUGCUGUUGGUGUAAUAGUGUGGAAAUGUUUUACACUUGCGGUCCCAAUGAGGCAAUGGUGGUGUCGGGUUUCUGCCGCUCUCCACCGCUCAUGAUAUCUGGUGGGAGAGUGUUUGUUGUCCCAUGCAUUCAGCAGAUUCAAAGGAUCUCUCUGAACACUCUGACGCUAAAUGUAAAGAGUGAUAAAGUCUACACACGUCAUGGAGUGCCCAUCUCUGUCACUGGAAUUGCACAGAUGAAGAUUCAGGGCCAGAAUAAGCAGAUGUUGGCUGCAGCGUGCCAGAUGUUCAUGGGAAAGUCGGAGGGUGAGAUCGCUCACAUUGCCUUGGAAACACUGGAGGGCCACCAGAGAGCCAUCAUUGCUCACCUGACCGUGGAGGAGAUCUACAAAGACCGCAAGAAGUUCUCCGAACAGGUGUUCAAGGUGGCUUCAUCCGACCUUGUCAACAUGGGCAUCAGUGUGGUCAGCUACACACUCAAGGAUGUUCACGAUGAACAGGAUUACCUUCACUCUUUGGGAAAAGCCCGUACAGCACAAGUGCAGAAGGAUGCACGUAUCGGGGAAGCCAAGAACAAAAGAGAUGCAGUGAUCAGGGAGGCCCAUGCUAUGCAGGAAAAGAUAUCUGCUCAGUACUUGAAUGAGAUCGAGAUGGCUAAAGCUCAGAGAGACUACGAGCUAAAGAAGGCUGUCUACGACAUUGAGGUCUUCACCAAAAAAGCUGAGUCUGAAAUGGCCUAUCAGCUCCAGGUGGCGAAGACGAAGCAGCAGAUUGAGGAGCAGAAGAUGCAGGUGCAAGUGGUGGAGCGCUCACAACAAAUCAUGCUGCAGGAACAGGAGAUCACGCGCAAGGAGAAAGAGCUGGAGGCCAAAGUCAUGAAACCAGCCGAUGCCGAGCGAUACCGGCUGGAGAAACUGGCAGAAGCCGAGCGCCUUCAGCUAAUCAUGGAGGCAGAAGCCGAGGCCGAAUCCAUCAAAGUGAGAGGAGAGGCCGAAGCGUACGCUGUGGAGGCUAAAGGUCGUGCCGAGGCCGAGCAGAUGGCCAAGAAAGCCGAGGCCUUUCAGCAAUACAAAGAAGGAGCUAUGGUGGACAUGCUGCUGGAGAAACUGCCACUGAUGGCCGAGGAAAUCAGCAAGCCUCUGUCAGCUGCCAAUAAAGUCACCAUGGUUUCCAGCGGAGGUGGAGAGAUCGGCGCAGCCAAGCUGACCGGUGAAGUGCUUGACAUCAUGACCAGACUGCCUGAGACCAUCGAGAAACUGACCGGCAUCAGUAUUUCCCAGGUGGCCCGAACCGGUUGAACCCACUCUCCAACGUGACAUUACUGUAUGCAUGCUUUAUGGAUCUUUCCUUUUAUCAUUCUCUCAGUUUCUUUCUUAAACUCUCUCCUCUUUCUGUAACAAUAU